AUCCACUGAUCAGAACGUUUAUUUACCAAUUUUAUUUAUAACACCAUAAUAUAAUAAUGUCGAAACGUGUACAACCUGCGUGGCAAGCACCGAAGCCAGCGGAGCGGCCAAAGCUACGGCUGUACAACAGCCUGACGCGACAAAAGGAGGAUUUCGUGCCGCUGGAUGGGAACAACUUGACGUGGUACAGCUGCGGGCCGACUGUCUACGAUGCCUCGCACAUGGGGCAUGCACGAUCUUACAUUUCCUUCGAUAUUCUGAGACGCAUUCUGGCCAAUUAUUUUGGCUACAACAUUCACUAUGUGAUGAACAUCACGGACAUCGAUGACAAAAUCAUCAAGCGCGCCCGGCAGAACCAUCUCUUCGAGGAAUAUGUCAGCGAAUCGGCAAAACUGCCACUCGGCCAGUUGCUGGAUGACCAGAAGCAGGUGUUCGUACGAUUCCAGGAAACCUGCGCCAAGAACACGGAUCCAGACAAGAAGCUGAUGCUGGACAAGACGCUGCAGCGCACGAACGAUGCCGUCGAUGCGCUCACACAGGCAGUGAGCCAAGGAGACGAAAAGAGCAUCGCUGAGAAGCGCCAGCACUACCUCAACGAGGCCAAGGAUCCGAUUGCCGAGUGGUUGGACGGCAAGAAGGGCGCUGAGAUCAAUGACAAUUCGGUCUUUGAGUCCCUGCCACGCUACUGGGAAGAUCAAUUUCACAACGACAUGAAGUCACUCAACAUUCUCCCACCGGAUGUGCUCACGCGUGUCUCGGAGUACGUGCCACAGAUUGUGGCCUUCAUUCAGAGGAUCAUCGACAAUGGCUUGGCGUACGCAGCCAACAGUUCCGUCUACUUUGAUGUGAAUGGGUUCGACGGGAAGGAGAAGCAUCACUACGCCAAGCUGGUGCCGGAGGCCUACGGCGACACCAAGUCCCUCCAGGAGGGUGAGGGGGAUUUGUUUGUGGCCGAGGAUCGGCUCUCGGAGAAGCGUUCGGCCAACGACUUUGCGCUGUGGAAGGCGAGCAAGGCCGGCGAGCCCUGGUGGGACAGCCCGUGGGGUCGCGGUCGUCCCGGCUGGCACAUCGAGUGCUCGGCCAUGGCCUCCGACAUCUUCGGCUCCACCUUUGACAUACACACGGGCGGCGUGGAUCUGAAGUUCCCGCACCACGACAACGAGCUGGCCCAGUCGGAGGCGGCCUACGACGAGUCCGAGUGGGUCAAGUACUUCCUGCACACUGGACACCUCACCAUUGCCGGCUGCAAGAUGUCCAAGUCGCUGAAGAAUUUCGUCACCAUUCAGGAGGCCCUCAAGAAGCACUCGGCCACCCAGCUGCGACUUGCCUUUCUCCUGCACUCGUGGAAGGACACGCUGGACUACUCGGAGAACACCAUGGAAAUGGCCACGCAAUACGAGAAGUUCCUCAAUGAGUUCUUCCUGAAUGUGAAAGAUCUCACCCGCCACGUGCUGUCGGAGGAGCCGCGACGGCAGUUUGAUGCCUGGACCGAUGUCGAGGCCGCUCUGCAGAAGAAGUUUUCCAGCUCGCAGGUGCAAGUGCAUGCGGCCCUUUGUGACAACGUGGACACACGCAGCGCCCUCGAUGCCAUUCGGGAGCUGGUCUCCGCCUCCAAUGUCUACAUACGGGACAACAAGUCGCGACUGAAUAGCCUUCUGCUGCGCAAUGUGGCCACCUACAUAACCGACCUGUUGCACGUGUUUGGUGCCAUUUCCGGGCCACGCGGGGGCAUCGGCUUCCCAGUGAGCGUCGGAGGCGGUGCGCAGGCAGCGGCUGGUGGCGACCUGGAGACGACAGUGCUGCCCUAUGUCCAGACACUGGCGGAAUUCCGCAAUUUGGUGCGUGAGCAGGCGAAGGCAUUGAAGGCAUUCGACAUUCUGAAGCUCUGCGACGAUCUGCGGGACAAUAUUCUGCCCAAUUUGGGUGUGCGACUCGAGGACAAGGACGGUGGCAAGUUUGCCGUCAAGCUGGUGGAUCGCGACUCGCUGCUGCGCGAACGUGAGGCCAAACUGGCCGCCGAGGCGGACAAGGCAGCUGAGAAGGAACGCAAGAGGCAAGCAGCUGCCGAAGCAGCAGCCGCCAAGGAAGCGCAACGUCGCCUCAAUCCCAAAGAGAUGUUUCUGCGCGAAACAGAAAAGUACUCGGCCUUUGAUGAGAACGGCCUGCCCACACUCGACAAGGAAGGCAAAGAGAUUAGCAAGGGACAGCUGAAAAAGCUACAAAAACUGCAGCAGCAGCAGGAGCAGCGUUACAAAGAGUAUUUGGCAAGCGUAAACGAAGCCUAAACUAUGAAGAAAACCAGCACCAAAAGUAUCGCAACGA